AUGUCUGAAAUUGAAGAAAAACAUUAUUUAUGCUCCGAGACUGGAGAGAUACUUGAAAAAUAUUUAAAAUUUAAUAUCACUUGUUUAGUAUAUUCUAAUCAAGACAAUCUUAACGAUGAUGCUUUCACUAUUAAGGAAUUCAAUAGAAAGCUUGAAGAUAAAAGAAAUGAAUAUGAAAAGGUUAAUGUGUUUAUGGUUGUAGAACAACCAAGAAAACAAGGUAUUGUUUCUGGAACAUAUGUAGUAGCUGGUAGAAACAAUGGAACGAAAAUUGUACAAUUAGAAUAUACUGAAGUUGAUAGUUUUAAAGCGAUGUUUAAUUUAAUUUAUCAUAUUUCUAAGAUGGAUGAAUUUAAGAAUAAAUGUAUUAAUAUUAUUACUAGAAAUAUAAAAUUUAGAUAUAUGAUUAAAUAUAUGAUUUAUCGUUGGAUUGUUGGAAAUUUUAAAAAAUAUAAUGAUAUAAUUGGAAAAAUUGAGAAUGAUAUAGAAGAAGAUAAAAAGGAAGAUGUUGAGUAUGCAUCUAUUAUUAAGAAAAUAGAUGAAAUUAUGAAAUAUAAUAAUGUUAUGUUUGAUGCUCAAUUAAAUAUUAGUAAUAUUAGUAAUGUUGAUGCCUUUCUUAGAAGGCUUAAACCAGUUAUUAGAAAAAACAAAUAA